UUGCAAAAAAUCCCGACCACUAACAGCACACGAAUAGCAGUUUAUCGACCAUCACCAACUAGAAGUUCCCGUCUUACUACUAUUGGCAAAACCGAGGAUCCUGUCCAGAAUAUCACAACGUUCAACUGGCUUCCAUCAACCAUCACCUCCACCUUAACCUCAGACGAUUCGUGGGUUUUCAAUGAUUUCACAAUUGUCACCGCUUUGAUAGACAUCGGUAGAGGUGAAUGGGAUCGCUACCGUCGACCACUUGAGCAAUAUCACUUCUUCAUGGAGAACCUGCUCUCACUACAGAACAACAUGGUUAUAUUCACCGACAAAGCUAGCUACGAUUUUAUACAUAAGUAUAGGAAAAAUAUGGGUGAAAUGCAUCGAACGAAGAUCCACUUAGUAACGCUCGGCGAUUUGCCACUUUCAAGUCACCUCGAUGUCGCCAGCAAACUAAUAGAAGAAGAACACCGUAAUGAGCAGCUGUGGCGCUAUAACUGGGACCCGGCUAUGAAGGACCAUCCUGAAUCAAAAAGUGCCGAGUAUGAUGUGCUAGUCAACUCAAAGUCGUAUUUCCUCUAUAACGCUUCAUUAGAAGACCCGUUCGCCACGGAAUUCUUCGUUUGGAUUGAUGCAGGGUACGGUCACGGCAACCAGAGUGUAUUUCCAUAUAACAACAAAUGGAAACCACGAUUUCCGAAAAACAGGAUCUCUCUCAUUAAGGUAUGUACGGCAAUCCUUCAUUUUCAUUCACUGUUUCACUUAUUUAUUUUACGCGAUCCAUCAUCACAACUCCUGUGCGGUUCUCAGCACUUGCAUUCGAUUCAUUUUUCCUACAUUCAUCGUCCACAUGAGCAAAGUCAGGAAGACCGACAUAAAUCGACUGAUGACUGGGUCCGUGUCAUUCGCGCAAGAAAAUUCCGUAACGAAAUAUCGGUGGCCUAG